GUGGGAACUUAUCAGGACGGAGGCAACAGCUGUGACCUGUAAGCGCGAAAUACUGUGCAACCCGUCUUAUGGCUUAACAAAGGAGUAAUACAAAUCAACCCUAAAACACUAAUGUAACUACAAUUCAACUCAGUAGAGGUUUGGAGUUCGUAGAAGUAACAAAUUUGAAGAAAUCGAUAAACGUGUGCUGGCAUCCGUUCUAGUUGCGUGAUGCGAAUGUAAAAGGGACAGAUAUAGGCGGCGGGCUUGGGUUACAUCGCUGAAACUCGGUUAACCGAUAAGCGAUAAAAUAUAAAUAUUGACGUCCCUUUGUCGAUUGACUACAGGAACCAAUAAAAGAUGGGUGGCGGAGGUGAUAUGAAAUGGCAGAAAGAUGCAGCGGAUCAGAAUUUCGAUUAUAUGUUCAAGUUGCUCAUCAUUGGAAACAGUUCUGUGGGGAAGACCAGCUUCCUCUUUCGGUACGCGGACGACUCAUUCACUUCAGCGUUUGUUUCAACUGUGGGAAUCGACUUCAAGGUUAAAACUGUUUUCCGCCAUGACAAACGCGUAAAACUACAGAUAUGGGACACCGCUGGACAGGAACGGUAUCGCACCAUCACAACAGCCUAUUAUCGAGGUGCAAUGGGCUUUAUUUUAAUGUACGACAUAACUAAUGAAGAAAGUUUCAACAGUGUCCAAGAUUGGGUAACACAGAUCAAAACAUAUUCUUGGGACAAUGCACAAGUUAUCCUAGUGGGUAACAAAUGUGACAUGGAGGAAGAACGCGUAGUGAGCGCUGAACGAGGAAGACAACUUGCCGAGCAACUUGGCGUUGAGUUCUAUGAGACAAGUGCUAAAGAAAACAUAAACGUAAAGACGGUGUUUGAGCGGCUGGUCGACAUAAUCUGCGAUAAAAUGUCGGAAAGCCUCGAUUCAGAACCUGCUAUGCUAGCAGGUGGUGGUCGUGGACAACGUCUUACGGAACAACCUCAAGGCAACAGCAACCCUAACUGCAACUGUUAAUAUGAGUCAUUUUAUUUCGGCAAAGAUCAUCUGUAAAAGAACUCCUUGAUUAUACUGGCACCAAUAAAAGCCUGUCAUUAACCAGCAGCACUGAAAUCACACCAUAACAAAACAAAGCACAUUAUGUUUGCAUCUAAAUGUUGUCCAGUAUCUUCAAGCCUUUACAAUACAUUUUAAACAGAAAUGUUCUACUUACAACUAACACAGUAUAAAAAAUUUCAAUGGUUCCUCGUGAUUCGCCAAGACCUUUGUUAAUUUUUCGUAUUUAUAUAAAUUUUUGAUGUCCCUAAAUGUGUUUUCUUGAUAUUAUAAUGAACUUUCAUUGGCAUUGUUCCAGUUUAAUUCAUUAUUAAAGUUAGAGAGUAAUAAUAUCAUUAUAUUGUUAAAUCUGUGUAACAAUAAUGGUCAUUUAUGUAUUAGUAUUAUUAAUUUAGGUGUUAGCAUAUAUUGCGAGCUGGAGUAGAGAUCUGACAAUUCUAUACUUAAUAGAUGUUUAUUCUAAUUUAAGAAUUUUUAAAUAUUUCGUUUCGCUUCUAGUGAUAAUUUUAAGCAACCGUGUUACGUGCAAUUUAAGGUUAUUUCUUUGUCAUUCUUUUAUGAGGUUCAUGUACUACAACGACUUCUAUUAUAAGAGUUUUACUUAGGUUGUGCUAAAAUAAUUUGCGCAUUUAACAGUUAUUUCUGACAUUUAGGAUUGGGAAGGAAAUAAACUUGUGGAAUUUGGACCAAAGUCAACAUUUUCAGGUUAUUAUACAUAUAUUAGAUUUUUUUUCGAAAAGCGCAAAAUAUUUUUAGGCAUAAUUUAACACUUGGUAUACCUUAUCUUAUAUUUUAUUAAACUGGGAUAAUGUAAGGAAUUCCUAAAGCGAUGGAUACAAAAUUUUCUAUUCCUUUACUACCUUUUUGCUAUGAGAAUCAAUAAAUAAGCAAUGAAAUUUUAAUCCACUAUUUGAAAGUCAAUUCUUUACUCAAGUCGACUUAAAUAUAAUAAAAUUAUCGAGGAUAAUAAUUGAUCUAAUUUUUUCACUAUUCAGUUAGGAUAUAUGAUACACAAUGAUACUUAUCUAAUAAUAAAUCAAAUGGCAAUAAAACACCAAACCAAAGUUCAACAUCAAAAUCGUAGAGAAAUUCAUGGGCCUACAAAUAACAAAAAGAUGCUGAAAUGUACGUAAACUCUACCUUUACUUUACUUCUAAAAAUCUCAGUUUUAAAGUUUUCUUAUAGUGUCCCAGUUGUAUAAAACACACAUGUAAUUAAUUAGUUAAUUUAAUAGAAAUUAUUUUAUCUUAUUUUUAGCUUAAAUAAUUAAUUAAUUUUUCUUAACAUGACAUAGUGUAAGAGCUUGUACUUCUGACGUACCUAACUUCACAUGAAAAUUUGUGUAUUAUGCACAAAUCGACUAUGAGCUACUAUUUAUGAUUAAAACAAAAGGUACUAGCCCUUGAUCAACUUAAAUAAUGAUGCACUUCAUUGCUUCGUAUUAGAUGUCAAAAUUUAACGUUAUAUUGUAAUCUGUUGUCGUUCGAAUUAAAAAUAUGACUUU